AUUUAGUCCGUAACCUUCACCCGUUAUUAAGUUAAUGGUGUAAUGAACAAUAGAGGUGCAACAUGGUUGAUCGACGGUGACCACCGCUAAAAAUAAGAAUUUUGACUGUUGCCAAAUUUCAACAAAUAUCGCGGCUCAAGUUCGAAUCGGAAAGCAGAUUCAGUUGUCGUUUGACCGCAAAUUUGCGUACACGCGUUCUAUCGUCGGGAAAUUUAUUAAACGAACGUUUUCACCGAGACGCGAAGAAUUCUGAAACAAUUUGCAAAUAGCGUGCAAUUAAUUAUUUCUCGCUAGAGGAUAUUUUUCUGCUAUUAAAAGAACAUUAAAUGCUAUUAAAAGAACAUUAAUUAUGUUGCAAGUUCAAAAUUUGUGAGAAAGACUGUAAAUUAACAUCAUCGGAUAAAUUCGUAAUUUUUCGUGGAAAUCAAUUUCGUCGAUUGAAAUCGCGAAUAAAUCUCGAGGUAUCAGAAAGAGGUUUGUGAAAGAUCAUCGAAAUUGAAAUUCGACAAACAAUAAUAGCAACAAUUCGACAAUAAUUUGAGUUGUGAAAUGAGCAAUAGAGAGAUAGAGAUCUCUUUCGACAAAUAGGAAAUAUCAUUUAUCUCGUUUCUUGUUGGUCUUGGGUCGAACAGAAAGGUCCUUGGCAAAAGGAAAAGAUACCAAUAAAGCUCUAACAAAUGAUUCAUACGAGGCCCCUGAUAUCGGCGAUAAGCCGUAAAAUUUUAUGAAUCAUAAAUUGAAGUACAUGAAUAUUGACAAAAUUCGGAAGUGCUGUCGCACGUUGUUUCGUCGAUCUGCUCGUUCAUUUAGUAGUAUGCUGGCAAUCGUUUAAGGAAGAAAACAAUAAAAUCAUAAAGGCCUGUUUAUACUAGCUUAUUGCCAGAAAUAACUAAAAUCAGAGUUUGCCAAGUAUCAAAGUGCGAGCCAUAGAACCGAAUAUUUAAAAUAGUCAGCGGCAAUUAGUCUCGCGAAUUAUCUAGCGAAUGACCAAGGGUGGAGUUCAGAGAUAGCAGGAAUAGUUGCCUGCAUAGGUGAAAGUGUUUGUCAGAUCUAAUUAACAAUUGUAGAAGAUGUCGAAUCAACUGUCAGUGACACGUAAAUCGUUUCUGUACUCGAAGAACGCCUGGUCGGUGACUUGAGUAACUCCAUUUUUAAAACUAGUUCGAAGGUUGCGGAAGAACUAUCAUCGAGUGUUCAUGCCGGCUUUCGUUCUGAACAGAGCGUAUUUCGUCUGUAACGAUGAUUAUCUUAUGUAUGGUCGUUACACGAAGGAUCUGGGUGAAUACGCAAAGGAAGAGGCACGAAAACUCAAAUACCACGAAAAAGCACGGCGGAAAUAUGACAAAACCAGAGCGGAGGAUCUACGGAAGUCGAGAAGAGGACCACUGUGCAGGAAGUUGCUGGCGCUGUUGGCCUUCGCUUGGAAACACACCGGAGCUAGAUUGGGCGAAGAUUGGGUGUUCUUGGCUCUCCUUGGCGUAAUUAUGGCGCUUAUCAGUUACGCCGUAGAUCGUGGCAUUUCUAUGUGCAAUAACGCCAGGAUAUGGCUUUAUCAGGACCUGACACAUCAUCCAGCGCUUCAAUAUCUUGCCUGGGUGUCCUUGCCAGUUUGCCUGAUACUCUUUAGCGCCGGUUUCGUCCACAUCGUCGCGCCACAGAGUAUAGGAUCUGGCAUUCCAGAGAUGAAGACAAUUCUACGCGGAGUGGCUUUGAAGGAAUAUUUGACCUUUCGUACUCUCGUAGCGAAGGUGAUAGGUCUAACUGCCACCCUGGGCUCCGGUAUACCUCUGGGGAAGGAAGGUCCUUUCGUGCACAUCGCCAGUAUCGUGGCCACCCUUCUAUCCAAAUUGGUCACCAGUUUCCAAGGGAUCUACGAAAACGAGAGCAGAAAUUGCGAGAUGCUCGCUGCGGCUUGCGCCGUUGGAGUCGCCUCCUGCUUCGCAGCGCCAAUCGGAGGAGUUCUCUUCAGCAUCGAAGUAACCACGGUUUACUUCGCCGUACGAAAUUAUUGGAGAGGAUUCUUCUCUGCAGUGUGCGGCGCCACGAUGUUUCGAUUGCUCGCGAUCUGGUUCCAACGAGAGGAAACGAUCACCGCGAUGUUCGCGACGAAUUUCACCAUGGACUUCCCUUUCGAUCCUCAAGAGUUGUUCGUGUUUGCCUUAAUCGGCGUUGGCAGCGGUCUAGGAGGUGCUUUCUAUGUUUGGCUACACAGGCAGUACGUGAUCUUCAUGAGGAAGAACAAGAGUAUGAACAGCUUCCUGCAGAAAAAUCGUUUCUUGUAUCCUGGGAUCGUUUCCCUCAUCGUAUCCUCCGUGUCUUUUCCCCUGGGACUGGGCCAGUUCAUGGCCGGUGACUUGAAUACCCAUGAUCAAGUAUAUGGUUUGUUCACCAAUUUCACUUGGACCAAGCAAGAAUUAGGAGUAGAAGAAAUGAACAUAGUUCAACAUUGGUCUACUGCAUAUACUGAUGUAUUCAUCGGUUUAGUUGGCUUCAUUGCAUUCACAUUUAUCUUUUCGAUCAUUUCUUCCACGGUUCCUGUGCCAUCGGGAAUCUUCAUCCCCGUAUUCAAAAUCGGUGCUGCGUUAGGCAGAGUUGUGGGUGAAGCUAUGGCUCUGUGGUUUCCCAACGGCGUCCGUUAUGGUGGUAUCAUAACUCCUAUUGUCCCAGGAGGUUAUGCUACCGUUGGUGCAGCUGCAUUUUCCGGUGCUGUUACCCAUACAAUCUCUGUGAGUGUUAUUGUAUUCGAGAUGACCGGUCAAAUCACUCAUAUCGUUCCUGUCAUGAUCGCUGUGCUGAUCAGCAACGCUAUUGCUGCACUUCUUCAGCCUAGUAUAUACGACAGUAUCAUUUUGAUCAAAAAACUGCCAUACCUGCCAGAUCUAUUACCUUCCAGUUCAGGAAUGUACAAUGUGUAUGUCGAAGAUUUUAUGGUUCGUGAUGUGAAGUAUAUUUGGCACGGAAUUACCUAUCAGAAAUUAAAGGAAAUUUUGAAGGAAAACCGCAAGCUACGUGGAUUUCCCCUUGUCGAUAAUCCUGAUUCUAUGAUUUUACUUGGAUCUAUUCAAAGAUUGGAAUUAAUCAAGCUGAUUGAGAAACACAUAGGACGAGAGAGGAGGCUACAGGUAGCUCAAAAAUGGCACAAAGAGGCAGAGGAGAGAGCACGAGAGGAAAUGGAACGACAAUUGAGAGACCAGGAAAGAACGAGAAGACCGUCCAGGUUCGAAGUGAUUCCGGCGCCGGAUAUUCUUAAGAUGCAGAGGCAAAGUGUUAACGAUCUAACAAUGUCACCAAACAACGGUGCCGCUCCUGAUCAUCACACCUACCAUUCUCCGGUAUUUGGGUCACAGCCGAAGAAAUCGAUCUUGAAGAAAACCAAUUCCUUCACAUUGAAAGGAUUCAGCCCACUAGUCAGCCCCGCUGCUACUCCUUAUACCACUGUUACUGGCGCAGAGAGCAGGAUACGUCUUGCCUUUGAGGCAAUCUUCCGUAAGUCAGCCACAUUACAAGACGUGGAUCCAGAUCCAGAGAUCGGAUCUGGAGGUGUCAGGCGUAACAGUCAAGAUGUAUCUCCUCAUACCCCGAUGUUGGUGCCGAGUCCUGCCACCUCGAAGAAAGUACAAUUGCCUCGCGAGAGAGUAAUAGACAUGUCAGCAGAGGAUCAGAAACGGUGGGAAGAAAGUGAAAUGGCGUUAGAAGUGGACUUCUCAAGGUGUCACAUCGAUCCAGCACCUUUCCAACUGGUCGAACGGACAUCCUUGUUAAAGGUACACAGUCUAUUCAGCAUGGUGGGAGUGAAUCAUGCUUAUGUGACGGCUAUUGGAAGGCUGGUUGGAGUUGUGGGAUUAAAAGAGUUGAGGAAAGCGAUAGAAGACGCAAAUGCUGGAAUCUUGCCCAUGCACUCAGAAUCUCAUAUAGGCGUCUCGACAUCCAGUAUCGCGAAGAGCGAAACAGAUACAGAAAGCAAAAACGCUAGCACGAUGAACUCUAUUGCUUCCGUUGAUUGCGAGAAAGUGGAAAAAGUCUGAGUGAGAGAGAGGGAGAGAGAGAGAGAGAGAGAGAGAGAGAGAGAGAAGAGAGAGAUAGAUGAGCAAGAAAGAUAAGUAGAAACAAAAAUGUGAUAGUCGUAUUGUCAAGACAAUAUGACCUGAACGAGAGACGUAUUUUUCUUUUUUUUUUUUUUUUUAAAUAAAAUCUUCCUUCCGUAAACGUAGGACAUUUUCCAUGAAGCUUGAGCAACAAAGUCGUUUCUAGCCGUUUGUGUAGUUGCAAUCGCUUUCGAACACCUCUCGUACUUAAUCUCAGGACAAGAUCAUUAUGUAGGGCCAAACAAUUCUCAAUCAACGCAACGUGACACGCGUUCGAUAUCGAACGUGUCUACAGUGAAGAGAACUAACAAUGAAAAAUUGCAGAUACUUUAAAUUGUUAUAAAUUUUGUAAAAGAAAUCAUAUACCACUUAGUCUCAUUUAAAAGUACAGUUUUUUCUUUGACAGCUCUGAAUUCAGUCACAUUGUGAUUCACAAUGACAGACACAUAUAAGUUCAUUGUAUAAUCGAUAGAAGACAUUAAAUAAUCAAAAAUUAUUAUAUCUACAUAUUGCGUAAUUAAUAUCGAAGAUUUUUAUCGUGAAGGAAUUGUGUCAUAAUGUUUAAGUUAUAACAAUUUAAAAUACAUAAUUUUUCAUCGUAAAUUGUGUUCUCCACGGUAUAUCAAACUUGAAAAUUGAUAAACGAUUUGGCAUGUUGCUUGUGGUUUUCCUCUGCGCGUAGAAGGAAUUUCUCGGUACCGAAGAUUCAUAUCAGGGUCUGUCAAGUUUUCCUUAUUUUUUUUUUCUUUUAGCUGAAUUCCACGUGCAAUUUCUUCUCCGUAAUCCCAUAAUCAUGUAGCAUUCAUAAUUCAUAAUAAUAAGAAAGAAAAAGAGUGAGAGUUACCACGUAUAUAUUUAAGAAUGAAUGAUUGUGACGCGUCGAUGAAAUAUUUUGACUUAGUGAUAUAUCAGUGCUCAGAGGAAUUAGGAUUUCAGUCCUCGUUUCUUGAAAUGUCGAAACUUCUCAAAGAACUAUGUAUUUUAAAACGUGGUGCUUCAGUGAUUCCCCGAAGAGUGGUUUCAGCUUUUAAGAAAUAUGCUGUGAAUCGUGUGUCUGUGUUUAGUGGCCAGCAACGCGAGUCGUAGACGUAAUCGAUACUGUAUUAUGUUUUAAGAAACUCAACAUAGGAUUCCAGGCCUUUGUGUAAUAAUCAUGAUUUAUCGAGGUUUAUUAUUUAAGAAGGAACUCAUGGCUCGCGUUAAGUGCUCCUGUAUCUAAUUUUAUGACUAUGGUUGUGCCAACCCUAUUUAUUUUAAUCGUUCACUAUUAACUCUAGAUACAUCGAAACUUAUUAAGUCUAUUUGCACGAACGUGCUCAACAGGAUCUUCGUGAGGUUUGAUUGAAUUUUGAAGCAGUCUAGUGUAUGAUAAAUACGUAGAUUAUUAAAUUAUAUCUAGUAUCUAGAUAUAGAAUCUAGAUUAUUAAAUUAUAUCUAAAUUAUAUCUACAUGUAUUAUAUAAUAUAUUACUUUCAUUGAGUUAGGAUAAACUUUUUCAGCUUAAUGCUCUGUUAGUUUGAGCCAAAGCUUCACGGAGAUCCAGGUAAUUUAGAAUGAUAGUUUCUUCGACAGAAUUUGUUUCAGUUGAUUAGACAUCCAACGAAGAUACUAGAAUUUUAAACGGUGUCUUAAUUAAUUGUUAUUAAAGAUAUCUAGGAUCAUGAAACUAAUAUGUUCGUUCCAACUGAUACGAAGGAUCGGAUAUCUGUGGAUAUUAAUAUAAGAAGAUUGUUCGUAGGGCAUUUUACAUUCCAUCUGACAAAUAUUCUCACGAUGCAUCCCAUUUUAUUGUAAAUUUACUACGUUACACGUCAUUGAAGCUUUAUGUGACACACUAAUCGCCAAAUAUAAGUACACUGUACAAUCGGGAGAAGACAUUAAAUAAUUUAUUAUAUUAUAUACA